AUGACUUUCUUUGACUUGACUCGGAUCAUCAAAGAUGCGACGCUGUGCCUGCGACAUUCAUCCAUCGAUUUUGACUUGACUCGAACCUUUGUCUCCACUCCUGACUUCCUCCAGACUCCUCACUCGACUCCAUUCCCAUCGACACAGCAGCAGCAAGCACGAGUGAGCACGGCAGAUCAUAUUGCAUCGAUCGGACAGAAGAGAUCCACUUCAGCCAACAUCGUCGGCAUCGCAAAAUCGAGCAGUCGAGAUGACAGAGGCAGCAGCAGCAGCAGCAGCAGCAGCAGAUGCGUCAGCCAGACUUGAUCGAUGGCGCGACCGCUUGCAAUCCCUGCCUUCCAUCGCCUUGCCAACAGACUACCCACGUCCAUCCUCCUCCCAAGUCGUGCAAGCCAUCAGCUCCAGCAACUUGUCUGCCAAGGUUCGCAAUGCUCUCGUUCGAUUGACGCUGCACUGCUCGCUGGAUGGUGCGCAGCAGGACGAUAGCUCGGAUGAUGAUGACGAUGACGACGACGACGAUGAGGGGCAAGAGGCGCAAGAUGGUGAUCAGGCUGCUAAUGCACACGCUAGCACGCCUACGCCCUUUCACUUGCUGCUCGCAGCCUUUGCUGUGCUGCUGCAUCGCUACACGGGCGACACGGACCUGCUGCUGGGCUCCUCCUCGCCCAUCGAUGGCUCGCCGCUCAUCCUCAGAAUCCCAAUCGAGGCUGGCGAUCCCUUCUUGCAGGUCGUGAAGCGGGUGCAAGCGGUGGAAGCCGAAGCAGCGUCGGACAAUGCGCCAUACGAAGAUAUCGUCGCCAGGCUGGAAUCGGAAAAGAGCGCAUCAUCGGCUGCCGCUCCCAGCGCUCCCGUCUUUCGUGUCAGGUUCUUUGAUGAGCUGGGAGGAAGGGAGAGGAGCUUCUUGCAGAGCACAAGCCUCACCACCGAUCUCACCCUCUUCCUCACAAAGCCCGGCACGAAGCUCGAUGACCUGUCAGGCAACGCUUCCUCACUCUCUGAUAGCAUCGACACGCUCAAGAAGGGAACAAGCGGUGCAGCCAGCACGCCUUCCACGCCUCAGGCAGCCAACUUUAGACAGCCAAUCGUGCCUGCCAUCUCUUUGCACGCUUCUUACAAUGCGCUCCUCUUCUCUUCGGCCAGGAUGCAGCUUCUGCUCGCACACCUGUCCCACGUCGUCCUAGCAGCAGCUAUCAAUGCCAACACACCCAUCGGCAGCAUCGGUCUCCGCACUCACGCCGAAGAUGCGGUCCUGCCCGACCCUCGCAAAGAGCUGGACUUUUGCGGUUUUCAAGGUUCCAUCACCUCCAUCUUUGAGCGAAACGCUGCUGCUCAUCCACAAAGGAGGGCCAUCAUCGAGAGUCUACCUGGCGAUCCCAACAGCAUGGAGCUGCCUGCGCCCGCUAGCAUCACGCGAGAGAUUAGCUACGGCGCGCUCGAUCGUGCUUCCAAUGUGCUGGCCCACCAUCUGUUGGCCAAUGGUCUGCAGAGGGAGGAUGUGGUGACGGUGUAUGCGCACAGAAGCGCUGAUCUUGUCGUGGCGGUCCUCGGCACGCUCAAGGCCGGUGGGACGUUUAGCGUCAUCGACCCAGCCUACCCUCCAAGCAGACAGAUCAUCUACCUUCAAGUAGCCAAGCCUCGCGCGCUCGUCGUUUUGGAGAAAGCGGGAACACUACAUCCCAGCGUUCGCAAGUGCAUUCAGGACGAGCUGGACUUGAAGGUGGAGGUGCCGGCGCUUACGUUGACCGAUGGCGAUACCACCGGAGAGCUUGGCGUCCGAGGCGGUGCCAAGCAGGACGACGAGGCGGACGUGCUCGAAGCGGCGCAGAGAUCGGCCGCACAGAGCACUAGAGUGCUUUUGGGCCCCGACAGCAUCGGCACGCUCAGCUUCACUUCUGGAUCUACGGGCAUCCCCAAAGGCGUUCGAGGAAGACAUCACAGUCUGACUCACUUCUUCCCUUGGAUGGGCCAGACUUUUCAACUCGAUGCCAAUUCUCGAUUCACCAUGCUCAGCGGCAUCGCCCACGAUCCCAUUCAGCGAGACAUCUUUACCCCUCUCUUCUUUGGCGCCGAGCUGCACGUGCCCACGGCUGAUGACAUCGGCACGCCCGGUAGGCUGGCCGAGUGGAUGGCUGCGACCAGAGCCACCGUAACCCACCUCACACCAGCCAUGGGUCAGCUUCUCUCUGCGCAAGCCAUCGCCAAGAUUCCGGAACUGCGCAACGCAUUCUUUGUGGGCGAUGUGCUCACCAAGAGGGAUUGCACGAGGUUGCAAGCUCUAGCGAAGAAUGUGCGCAUCAUCAACAUGUACGGCACGACGGAGACGCAGCGCGCCGUCUCCUACUUUGCCAUUCCGCCCGUGUCGGAGAGGCCGACGUUUUUGGCUACGCAAAAGGACAUCAUGCCCGCUGGACAGGGCAUGAUCGAUGUGCAGCUGCUGGUGGUCAAUAGGAACGAACGCACGGCUACCUGUGCUGUGGGAGAAGUGGGCGAGAUCUACGUGCGCUCAGGAGGCCUUUCCGAAGGCUACCUCGGACCGCCAGAAGUGACGGCGGAAAAAUUUGUGCCCAACUUUUUGGCGCCGGAUGCGAGGUUUGAGGAUAGCUUGCAGGGCAAGUCUGAGGCGCAAUUUUGGAAAGGCGUGAGGGAUAGGAUGUACAGGACUGGGGAUCUGGGAAGGUACUUGCCUGAUGGCACGGUGGAGUGCACGGGCAGAGCCGACGAUCAGGUCAAGAUUCGAGGCUUCAGAAUAGAAUUGGGAGAGAUCGACACGCACCUCUCUAGACAUGCUCAUGUUCGGGAGAAUGUCACUCUGGUCAGAAGAGACAAGGACGAGGAAAAGGUGCUGGUGUCUUACUUUGUGCCUGGACCGGGUGCGGCUCAGAUGGAAGAAGGCACGAGUGCAGACGAGGCCAACGCAGAGACGAAACGGGAAAGGGACAACAGUACGAACGCUACGCUUGUGCGCGGCAUGCGCAGGCACAGGCGUCUCAUCAAGGAUAUCAGAGAUCAUCUGAAGAAGAAAUUGCCUGCUUAUAGCAUUCCCACUUUGUUUGUUCCGUUGGCCAGACUGCCUCUGAACCCUAAUGGCAAGAUUGACAAGCCUGCUCUGCCCUUUCCCGACACCGCACUGGCUUCUGCAGCCCUUUCCGCUGCACCUCGCAGCGCCCCACAAGCUAGCGGCGCUGAAGCUUUUGCGAGUGCUUUGGGUCCCUCGUCGAAGGAUUCCUCAGCAAGGACUCAUACGCCGACGGAGAGCGCCAUGGAGGAGCUGUUUUCGGCACUGUUGCCAUCUGCUCCUCAACCAUUGCCGCUGAACGAGUCCUUCUUCGACCUGGGAGGUCACUCUAUCCUGGCUACGCGCCUGGUAUUCAACAUGCGCAAACAAUUCGUCGUUCCUGUACCACUCGGAGUGGUCUUUGACAAUCCGACCAUCGAGGGACUGGCGAGGGAGGUGGACCGUCUGAGAGAUGCGGACCUCAACUUGGGACAUGUUUCCGCGCCCGCAGCUUCUGCGGCCGAAGCGGCCACAUCGAAGAGCACGCUUAGGAAUGCUGGGUCCGCGCCGGCCAACUAUGACGAGGACUACGCGGCGGAUGUGGAGCCGCUGCUUGGAGCAUUGCCGGAAUCUUUUGUGGGAUCGGGAACGCUGUCCAACAUUGCGCGGGCAGUGCAUGGCGCCAAGAAGACCACCGUGAUGCUCACCGGCGCGACGGGCUUUUUGGGCGCCUUUGUGCUCAGGGACUUGCUGGAGAUGCGCAGAGAAAAGGUGCAAAGGGUCAUUGCUCAUGUGAGGGCUAGGAGCGCAAAAGAAGGUCUGCAGAGACUUAGGGAAGGAGGAUUGGCGAGAUCGGCUUGGAAUGAGGAGUGGGUCGAACAGGGUCGAUUGGAGGUGGUGGUGGGAGACUUGGAGAAGGAGAGAUUGGGCCUGCAGAAGCAGGAAUGGGUCAGAUUGGCCCAAGAGGUCGACGCUGUUGUGCACAAUGGAGCGCUGGUAAGUCGAGCGGGAGUGUUCGCUGCGCUGCUACCGUAUUGGAGCGUGUGAGUCUAAAUGUUACCUAUUCAACUCACAACCCCUUUUUCAGGUGCACUGGGUCUACCCGUAUACUCGCCUCCGAGCUGCAAACGUCCUCUCCACUGUGUGCGCCAUCAUGCUGUGCGCUACGGGCAAGCCCAAAACCCUCACCUUCGUCUCGUCCACCUCCGCGCUGGAUACGGAUCACUAUGUGCACCUCUCGGACUCCAUCAUUCAGAAGCGCUCUGCGAGCGAAGCGGACAAGGCUUCGGGUGGGGCUGCGCUGAAUGGUGUGCCCGAGACGGAUGAUUUGUCGGGCAGCGCGCAAGGGUUGGGCACCGGCUACGGUCAGUCCAAGUGGGUGUCGGAAAAGCUGGUAAUGGCAUGCGCCUCUCGCGGAUUGCGAGCCAGCAUCGUUCGACCCGGCUACGUGGUGGGAGAUAGCAAGAGCGCGGUGACCAAUACGGACGACUUUAUCUGGAGAUUGGUCAAGGGAAGCGUGCAGCUGGGUUUGAUACCGGAUAUGCACAACGCCAUCAACAUGGUGCCUGUGGACCACGUGGCCAGGAUCACUGCGCUUGCUUGCAUCGCUACGGAAAAGGAAGAAGGCGAUGUGCCUGGAACGAGCGCUAGGGUUUACCAUGCCACGGGCCACCCUACCAUCAGAUUCAAUGAACUGCUGGGCGCUCUGCACACGUACGGUUGGGACGCGCAAAAGGUGGAUUAUGUAGAGUGGAGAUCGGCUUUGGAGGAGCAUGUGCUCAAGUCUGCCCCGAAAGAGACGAAAGGCGCAGAUUUGCAGAGCACGGAAGCCAAUGCGCUCUUUCCCUUGCUGCACUUUGGUGAGUUGUGAAUGAGAGAGAAGGCUCUGCCGAGCCGCGUGGCGUUUGAUGCAUGCCACGCAUCCUCCUGACGCGAAUGCGAGGACUUUUUGCACCCCCAUUUAUCGCAGUGUUGGAUGAUCUGCCCACUUCCACCAAAUCGGCAGAGCUGGACGAUGCGCACACGCGCGCGCUGCUGGACGCUGUGCAGGAAGGAGCAUCGGCGGGAACGGUGAUGGGGGUGACGCAGCAGCUGGUAGGCAUCUACCUCGCUUGGCUCGUCGCUGCUGGCUUCCUCGAACGACCUGCGCACAAGGACGAUGCGAGGAACGUGUUGCCUUUGCCUGAAUUGCCCGAUGGGGGAAAGAGCGUCAGAGCUAUCGGAAGAGGAUCGGCCAAUUGA